CUUUGUACCAAGGGCCGGUGGGGUAGUGCCGUCAGCGUAGCAACCCCCACCAUCGAUAUCGCCCGCCUUAUCGAUAAGCUGAGAAUAGUGCGAUAAGAAUUUUUCUUGAUGGCCCAGUUCGAACCCACCCUGGGCGAGCUACACGGCCCUCAUUCUCAUCGCUCACUUCAACCCGUUCCCAUUCAAAUCAUAGACAUUUGCGACAUUUCGCUUAGAUAUCAGACGGCUCAUUUCAAAAUCAGAACAAGAAGGAGAAAAAACGUCAAAACCAUCUCACAAUGGCGCCAACUCGCCCCAACAAAAAGGCGAAAAAGAGAACGGAGAAGAAGCCCAUCAACCCGGCCCUGCUCCUGGUCGAAGCCGCUACGAAGUUGCAAGAGGGCGACCUGGAAACCGCCGUCUCGGCCGCGAAGAAGGCCCUCGAUGGCACAGGCGUGGGCGGCGACUACGAGCUGGCAUCGGUGAACCUCCUGGGCCUCAUCACAAUCGAGAUGGGCGAAGUUGACGAGGCGCGGGCCUACUUCCUCCGGGCCGUCGAGCUCGACGCCGACGGCGCCCUCGAUGAGCGCAUAGGCGGCGGGCCGGAAAAGUUUCUCUGGCUCGCGCAACUCAGCGAGGAUGGUGGGCAGGACAGCGUCAAUUGGUUCGACAAGGCCGCGCAGUCGCUCAGGGGUCAGAUCCAGACGCUUGCGGGCCUGCCGAAGCGCACCGCCGAGCUGGAGGCGCAGCUGGAGGAACGGAAGAGGAAGCUCGGCGGCGCGCUGUGCGCCGUAGCCGAGGUGUACAUGACGGACUUGUCUUGGGAAGCGGACGCGGAGCAGAGAUGCGAGGCGCUCAUCACCGAGGCGGGGUUGGUUGCGCCUGAAUCAGCCGAGACGUGGCAGACGGUGGCGAAUGUGAGGAUAUCGCAAGAGAAGGUGGACGAGGCGCGGGCAGCGCUGGCGAGGAGCCUGGAGCUGUGGGUCGACCUGCCACCGCUGGACCCCAACGUGCCGGAUUUCCCGACAAGAAUCAGUCUGGUGCGGUUGCUGCUCGAGGUGGAGAUGGAGAAGGAGGCGAUCGAGGUUCUCGAGAGACUUGUCGGCGACGAUGAUCAAAGCGUUGAGGCAUGGUACCUUGGCGGCUGGGCCUUGUUCAUCGCUGGCGAGAAGGUGAGGGCCAAGGGCGAGAGCCAGCUGAGCGAGGACGACGAGGACUGGAAGACCACGUGGGACACGUCGAGGCGGUGGUUGAUGCGAUGCCUGAAGCUUUAUCAGGAACAGGGCUACGAGGAUGAGCGGUUGGGCGAGCAUGCUAAGGAGCUGUUUGCUUCCAUCAACAAGGAGCUCGGCGAGCCGCCGGCGGAAGAUGACGAUGAUGGAUGGGAGGAUGCCGGAAGCGACGAUGACGAAGCGAUGAAGGAGUGAAAUGGCAUGUGCUUUCUUCUUCCACAUUCAACAAAAGAAAAAGGGGAGAAAAAAGAAUACGAAGACAGCAUCAUGACCAUUGGAAGGCUCGGUUGGUGGAUCCACGAUCAUGGAGUUUGGGAGUCUGGAACCCGGGAGUAACUCAAAACAAAGAAGUCAAAAGUUCAUGGACCUCGCCCGCCUCCCCCAUUUCCCCCUUUCUUUCAUUUUCUUCCUUCCCUGUUGCCCACGAUCCGGCUCAUUUU